AAAAAAAAUGUGUUAUUUUGUUUAGAUUUUUAUUUAUUUUUAUUUUGAUGUUUUUUAGAAUUUUCCUCAAUUUCCUCAAAAAAUGUUCGAAUAAUUAUAAAUAAAAACCUAAAAUCAUGUCAUCGAUAACUCAAAACCAAUACUUGGCAAUCCGCGACAUUCUACUCCAUUUAGGUUGCCAUGCACCAAGACUCCAAAGACUGAAAACCAAUUUUCAAAGUUUCAUCAACUCGCAGCGAGUCUUUGAAAAAAUCGACAGCCUCAACUACUUGUUUAAAAUUUUAGAAAAACGGGACGUUUUAGGCCCAGAACAUUGGAACAAUUUGGAGCAAAUUAUCCAAGAAGUGGCCCCUGAUAAUUAUGAAAUACAAACAAUUUUGGCCCCAACACCAAUUGAUAGGGAUUUAUCAAAUAGAGUUUUACCACCAGUUUUGCCUGAUCCAGUACAAAGAAUCGACCAAAUGAUCAAAGACUGUAUUGGCAUAAGUUGGCGAGAAUUUGCCAGAGGUUUUUCAAUUCCAGAAGGACGAAUCGUCAAUUUGGAUCAGAAAUACCAAAGGGAUAUUGAGAGAAUCACCCACGAAAUAUUGAGGGUGCACCAUGAAAGGUGCGGGGAUGAUUGGGAGGUUUGGAGGGUGGAUUUACAAAGAGCAUUGAAAUCUGCCAAAAGGCUUGAUUUGGUCGAAGAUAUUGAUGAUAUUUUGACAAGGAAUCCGAUUAGAAGAGUUUAGGUUUAACAGUUAAGAACUGGUUUUGUUAUUAUUUGAAAGAAUAGCAAAUAUUGUGUUCAUUUUUCUUCUUUUUUUUUGUAGAACCAUUUUCUUUCUACUCUCAAAGCUUCUAAGUUUUUUUUUAAGCUGAGUAUCUCCGUUUUUAAUUCUAAUGUAUAAAGUCUAAAAAAGACAUUACAUUUUCAUUUUAAAAUUAGAUUUUAAUGAUACAAUAUUGUGCCAAAGACCCUUUAUAUUGUUUUUGUAGUUUUUUUAUUAUUAUUUGUUGUUUUGACUAUUAUUGUAUUUUAGAAGUUUAGGAUUUCUCUAUUAUUGAAGAAUGACCCAUUAGUACGCUUAUUUUUGUUUUAAAAUGGUGCCAUUUUACUUAUGUGGUUUUUGAAUAAGAAAAAUCACUGAUUUUAGUAAUUAGUUAUGUUCACUUUAUUGCCUAAGUACUUAAAAUAAAAGUUUCUAUGUUUGGUUAAUAAAAUAUAAAAGUGUUUAAUAUAUGGAAACUCCAAAAAAAAAGGCAAAAAAUAACCUGGAAAAAUCUAGUGGGUUACUGUACUGGAGUGCCCUGUACAUUGGAGUUGAAAUAGAGUGAAUUUUUUUCACAUUACUUUGACUCCGAACCAUUGGAGUGAAAAAAUUUAAAGCUGCUUCUCAAUAACCCACUCUGGAACAGUUCAAGAAUGCUCCAAUGCUUCACAAUCACUUUGCACCGUUCGAGAACUUACAGUACAGAUUAAACUAAGUAUAAUAAAAAUUUGAAAAUUAGUGAUUUGCAAGUAGCAAAUUUAGAAUCACAUCGCAAGAAGGUUCGAUUGCUAGUUCAAGCAGAACAAUUC